GACAAUUGACACCUUAGCAAAAAUGGAAAACAAUACAAUAGGAUUUAUAAUAAAUAUUUAUUAUUCCAUGGGUAAAUCUUAUUUGUAAAGACCAGUGAGAAGUUAUUUAUAAAGUUAAAUGAAACAUUACACAGUUUUUUAUAUGGAACUCAGGUCUUCGUUUAUAUAUAGCUAUCUAUCGACAUAAAAUGGCAUAGAUAUAUUUUGUAGUAUUGAUUUUAUGGAAUAAUAUAUAAAAAUGGAUUCAAAUGGAUAUGAAACUUUUGAAUAUCUUCAACCAAACAAUGUAGAAGAUAAUAACCAGCUAUUUGUUCUACAAAACGAUGGAACAUUUCUUUCAAUAAACAGACCUGUCGAGUUUAUAACACAAGUACAAAAUGUAGAAAACGUUUUAGAAGAAGUGCAACCUGUUUAUAAUGUUCAACCUCAGCAAUUUUAUGUUGAUGUUAACAAUUCAUCUGAGUUAAUAUCAGUACCAGAUGAAUAUGUCUUACCCACGGAAACAAAUAAUAUGUACAGUAGUAAUUAUUUACUUCAACAACCUCCCAAUUCUUCUGAAGUUCGGAUUCAACAAACUGUUGGCCAAAUUGCAGAAAGUGUUGUUGAACAGAUGAUUUUGCCUGAAAUAAACGUUCCUAUGGAUGUAAAUAUAAAUGAUAAUUUAGACACAAAUCCUAUACAAAAUAAUGGAUGUACAGAGAUCACUAUAACGGAUGAACAAUAUAAAAUAUUAGAACAAAAAGGAUGGGUCCUAGUAGACACUAAUGAUAAAGUUUAUUUAAUAGAUACAUUGGGAUUUCAUGACAUAACAAAUGAUACUCAGUUAAUUCAAAAACUAAGAGCAGAGAUGGCAAAUCAGGAACCUAGCUAUAGUGAAUCAUUUGCAAGCAAUCAAUUAGAAUCUAAAGUAGUAUUAAAUGAAGCGAUCCCAAAUAACAUAAAUCCAGAGCAAGUAACAAUCCCAUAUGUAACGGAGAACAGUGAACAAAUUGACUUACAAGCUAUGGAUAUUCAGUCAUAUCAAAAUAUUGAAGAUGAUCCUGAGAUCCUACAAAACUCUGAAAAAAAGGAAGUCCCAGAUUUGAUGCCAUUAGAAAAAGAAUUUCUUGAGACCACUAUAAAUGAAUUGGCAGAGAAAUAUGAAAAAAGUGAUCCAAGGAUCAACAACAAUACAAUAAAAAUUAAAACCAAAUUUUCUUUGGAAGAAAUUCCUCAAGAAAUUAUUAUAGGUAAAACAGUAAAUGGUAAAAAGUUGGUUGCAAGAAUUGCUAAGCCAAAGGAGCCGAAAGAGCCAAUAGAACCUACUACUACAGAUGACAUGUCAAAGAAAUGCAAGCCUAAAACUUACCCAACAAUAAGUGCAUUCCACCAAAAAAUAGAAAAGAUAAUUCAACAAGCAGUCAGAGGUCACAUAAAUCCAUUGAGUGAGGAAGAAGUAUUUGCAAAUGUGGACAAAGUUAUACAACAAUUAUUACGAGUGCCGGCCUUUAAACCCGCAGUUAUAGAAAGAAAAUUAAUUUUGACAAAGAUUAUAAUAUCUGAAAAUAAAGAUCAAACCUCUAUCCAAGAAAGUGAUCCAAUAAUUAUUACGGGAAAAGUUUUAAAACAAGAUGAAGAUAAGUGGGUCUUCCACUACAUACCAGAUAUGCUUGAAAAGAUUAAAGAAAUUAAAGAGGAUGACAAAAACAAUGUGACCAAAAAACUGUACCACGGCGGUGAUGUUGACGUCACCUUCUUACAAAUUCAUGUACAAGAAGUGAACAGUCCAGAUGGCCUUGCACGCAUCUCUAUUACUUUGAAUAAACGAGUUAUUCUUCUAAAGUCUAGAAAGAUAGCUGAAGAACUGGAGAAGCAAGUACCAUCCCCAAAACUCAAACCAGUUUUCGCGUGUACAGCAUGCGCAGCCGUGUUUAAGACCAAAGCUCAAUUACGAUGUCACUUACAGGUUCACAAAAUGGACUUCGAUUUUGACUCUCUUCUCACAAUUCAUUCCAAAAAUAGUAACAACCCUUUUAACGUUGUAGAGUUGGGACAAAGAAAGGAAUUUAUUUGUAAUGAAUGCCAGCAUAAAACAUCAAGAGUCAGCAUGAUGCUCAGACAUAUUAGAUCUCACUUUAAAGUUACGGAUGAGGACUCUGAUGAAGAAGAUUCAAAUGACAGUGAAAAAACUUCAGAAGGAAAAUAUAAAUGCAAGAUGUGUUCUACAAAUUUUUUGUAUGCAUCUUCACUUUCUAAACAUCUUUUAUCAAAGCAUAUUAAAGUAUCAUAAAAGAUUUUUUUUUCUUUUUGUAGUGGUA